GUGGAAUGUGGAGUCUAAAGGGGCUUCAGCGGGCUCUGCCUGCCACCCGCAACGCUCGUGUGGCGUUCGCCAGCUCUGCUGCAGCUGUGCCCGCCUUUGAAGGUGUUCGUCUUAACAACCUACGCGACAAUGACGGAGCGCACAAGCGCGGAAAGCGUCUGGGUCGCGGAAUUGGCUCAGGUAAGGGCAAGACGUCGGGACGCGGACACAAGGGACAGAAGGCACGCUCGGGCGGAGGCUCUGGUCGCGGACCCGGCUUUGAAGGAGGUCAGACGCCGCUGUACCAGCGCGUGCCUAAGCGUGGCUUCAACAAUAAGUUUGCGACGCCCAUGGAGACCGUGAACUUGGACAAGCUGCAACUCUUUGUGGACAUGGGUCGCCUAGACGCCAGCAACAAGAUCACCAUGAAGGAUCUUGUAGACUCUGGACUCGUGACAUGUUCGCGCGUUAAGCAUGGUAUCAAACUGCUCGGUAGUGGUAGCCAGCACCUCACGGCCAAGCUGGACAUUGAAGUCUCGCAGGCCUCCGAGUCUGCUAUUAAAGCCGUGGAGGCGGCCGGUGGCAGCAUCGUGUCAGUCUACCAUAACCGUCUGGCGCUUCGUGCGCUGCUUAAGCCGCACAAGUUCGAGACGCUCCCGCAGGCGGCGCGUCCGAACCCCAAGAAGCUCACGUACUACACCAACUAUGAGAAGCGUGGCUACCUGUCGCCGGAGAUUCAGGUCAAGAAGGCGCUAGCCAACGCUAGCAACGCGGAAUAGACAUGUGAGUUGGAGGGAGGAGAAAAAAAAAACAAGGAGAGAUGUGGUGCAUCUGAAGAGGGAUGAAUGGAGUGCUGCUUUUUCUCUUA